CGGUCGGUGCUGUAUUGCGUCAUUACACACCUAGUGACUGAAUGAUACCACAGAGCCUUUUUGAGAGCAAAUAACAGGAAAUGUAGCAGAUGAUAGGGUCACGACGGUGCUUUGAAGCUCUGAAGCAAAUACGGGGGUAAAACAGGUCAUAGACUGUCACACAUUCCACAAGCUUGCUUUCGACUCGCUCGCGCGCUUUGGAACGGACAUCUGCGCGAUUCUUCUGGCAUCAACAAGAUUCAUUGAAGCAAUAUUAAGGUUAGUUUGUAUUCAAGUGUUUGUUAGAGCUUUAUACUAGAAAACAUAAAGGAACGGAGGUAUAAUAAUGUGUUCGUGACAAACAUAAUACGAGUCACUCGUAACAUUGUUGGCGGAUUAUUCUGUGCGCGUAUAUUCAAUUCAUGGUCAUCUAUUAUUUGAAUUAGUUAUUUGCUGUGCAUGGUGCUUAGUCUGUGAGAAAAGUUGAAGCUAUAUUUGAAAUAUUUCGCCUAGUUUCAGUUUGGCUGUAUGUCAAAUUCGCCAAACCGUGCCCAUACUUUCGAUUCAAUUAUGUUCCGUGUUAAUGAAAAAAUAUACGUAAUUGUACUAAGCGCGCAUAAUAUACCGUACCGACAUCGAUACAGACAAUGUAUAGGCUGAGUCGAGGGACAGUUUUACAUUGCCGGGUUGAUAACUCUCGGCUAAUGCUGCGCUUAGACUGCGAAUAGUCAAGCGUAUCUGUAGUAAUAAAGUACAGAUGUUCUCGCAAACCAUCAACUGGAAUGCAAAAGUCCAUUACAAAAGUAUCCAGAUUAAAGCUUCCCUUAGGGAAAUAUGUUUUAAGUGUGGUUUUGUUUGCGAAACACUUCCGUGCAUUUUUGACAUGUUUUUACACUCAACCCACAUUAAAAUUUAAAGGAGUUAGCAAUAUACUAUCCUUUCGAAAUGAAAGAAUGUUUACGGUGACAGCACUUGCUUAUAUCGCUUACUAUCAUGUCUUAUUAAUCAGCAGGAUCUGUGUGAACUUGUACACAUUAACUUAUUAUCGUUUGUUUCUCUGUAGGAAAUUAAUUGUGAAAGUUGAAAAGCAAAACAGGAAUUCACUUUGAGGAAGAUGCAGAAAGCUUUGCUUCAUCAACAGUCCUCGCGCAUGUCAUACCACGGUGGAUUGAAUGAACUACGGGCACAGACACACACGACCUAUACGAGUUAUCCAAGGUCAUCGAACUGCGAAUUCCUAGACUGUUUGGACAUGGUCGAUGAUGUUUUGUUAACAAAAAUGAUUGAAAAACUCGAACUGCAAUCUUUGUACACAUUACCUGACCUGACGCAGCUAUUUCGCAGGACGCGAGCCGCGCAGCAAACUGCCAAUGUGCAAAGACGGACGAUACAAAGCCACGGACAAAACGCUGGGGAAGUAAAAAUGUAAACAUAGACAUGAAUUAAAAGCUCAAUCAAUGUCCUGAGAAGUGAGAACAAGACGGGCUCGCCUACAUGACGCGGUAGUUCUUUUUUUGAGCUAACCCAAAAAUGCGCGCGAAAUAUUCCAAAGCCCGCAAAAUAUUCAGGAUUACGCUGCUCGCGCAAAUGUACAAUUGUACCUAAAUAUUGUAAUAUAUAUAUUAUUAAAAUAGAUAGUUGCGCAACACUUGGUCUUAUACACUGAUGAUAUUUUACGACGGAUAUACU